AUGAAAUGGGAAAAAGAAAAACAUCUAGAUAAGACGAUAUUUGCCAUUGUUCAUAUCUAUCUAUCUAUCUAUCUAUCUAUCUAUCUAUCUAUCUAUCUAUCUAUCUAUCUAUCUAUCUAUUUCAUUAUCUAUCUAUCUAUCUAUCUAUCUAUCUAUCUAUCUAAUUUUAACUUCCUUUUAAAUGAAGUUUCUUUACUUUUUAUAUGGUUAAAGUCAAUCGGCGUUAAUCUCCAUAAAAAGGAUGUGCCGCGUGCAAUUUCACACAAGUAUUCUCUACAGGAAUGUUUGAAGAAAAGUGGUAGAUUUUUAUCCUUUCCCGAGAAUCACGAAUGUUUAUACAUUUUAGCCGAGAGCAGAUAUUGUCAGGAUGGACUUCCGGUACCAAAGCUUGUCCAUUAUAUCUUCUUGGGCAAUACAAAUUUCACUUUCUUUUUUUUACUAAGUAUUCUUAGUUCUUACAGAAUAUUGAAGCCUGGUUUCAUUUUUGUCCACACCGAAAAGAUUCUGGACGGAAAGUGGUGGGAUCAUCUUCUGGAACUGGUGCCAAACAUUGUUAUUAUCGAAACCACCAGGGUAACACGUAUAUUUGACAAACCGGUUGAAGUUGUGCAACAUCAAGCUGAUAUUAUGAGGAUACAACUUUUGAUGGAAUUUGGUGGAAUUUAUAUGGACACCGAUGAACUCGCACUGAAAAGUUUCGAUCCUCUGAGAGUUUAUCCCAUAACCUUGGGUCCUUGUCGCCUUGAUGCUAGAAUUAUACCUGAACUUAUACAUGUGGAACGUUUAUUCGCCUUUGCCGGCUUCUCAGGAAAAGUACAUGAUUUCUUCGACAAAGUAGCCGGUUGGUCCCAACGGUAUGGUCUGCAUCUUUAUAUCCGUCUUCAGAAAAUUAAAAAAUCCGACCCAGAACACAUCAAAAAGCUGAACAGCACAUACGGUCAAAUUGCACGGUUGAUUUACUAUGGAAAAACUGAAAUGAUUCACUGA